AAGACAUUGCUCUGUGUCCCGGAAACUCGACGAGUUUGCUCAAAGGUACAGGUGUCUGCAGCGGGGCCUAUAUAUCUGCAGUUUACAGGUAAUGCGCCAGGUUGACGCUAUGAUUGGUCGGAUCUUACUCCUCGUCUGCUGUGUGGGCGUGGCACAUUGUGUAAUCAGAACAUCCAUCAGCAGGUUACAGCCCAAGGGAAUCCGCUUUUCAGUCCAAGAUGAGGCAGGUGUGUCUCUGGUCGGUGUGCACUACAGCAUUAACAAGCCCAUCCGGAAUGUGGAAGCAGGGACAUUCAACUAUGACGUCAACUCAAAGACAGGAAGUUUCUGGGUUCAUGAAAACCGUCAAGUUGUCCUGUCUCCAGGGGACAAAGUCUACUACUGGGUGUACUGGGUGAAGGAAGGGAGAGGUGAACAGUUGCUGAAUCAGGUGUGGACAGUUCCUUCGGAAGUCACCCAGAAACCAGUGACGUCAUCGGGAUCGGCAUUUACCAAGAAGCCGGAAGUCGUGUCGGUACAUGUUAACCAACCGAUACCGGCCUUAUAUAGCGCCUCUGAUUCUGAUCCUGGUACAGUCGCGCACUGCUCCUCGUAUCCCUGUGUCAUCUUCCGGGACGACUUCGACAGCUUUGACCUGGCCACCUGGCAACACGAGAUCACUGCAGGAGGCGGCGGGAACUGGGAGUUCCAGUUUUACACCAACAACAGAAGUAACAGUUAUGUUCGGGAUGGAACUCUUUACAUAAAACCUACCUUGACGGCUGACAAGUAUGGAGAAGCCUUCCUGUCUUCCGGGACGCUUGACCUCUGGGGAGGCUGUACGAAUAACCAGUGGUACGGGUGUGAACGACGCGGUACAGCGCAAAACUACAUCAACCCCAUACAGUCUGCGCGCCUGCGCACCAAAGACAGCUUCAGCUUCCGUUACGGCCGGCUAGAGGUCGAAGCCAAGAUGCCGACUGGAGAUUGGAUAUGGCCUGCCAUCUGGAUGUUGCCGACAGAUAAUGCUUACGGUGACUGGCCUGCCUCUGGAGAAAUAGAUUUGGUGGAAAGUAGAGGUAACGUCCAGCUAAGAGCUCCCGGGGGUCAUUCUAUUGGUGUGGACACGAUGGCCUCCACCCUUCACUUCGGUCCCUUCUGGCCUAACGACCCCUACACCAAGGCCCACGUGGAAAAAACGUUACAAAGUGGAACGUUUGGCAGCAGCUUCCAUAAGUACGCCGUGGAAUGGGACGAGAACUCUAUACGGUUCUACCUGGACAACCAACUGAUCAAGACUGUAGAUCCUGGGGCGCACGGGUUCUGGGGCCUGGGCGGGUUCCCUAAUGUUGACAAUCCGUGGAAGGGAAGAGGCAAAAUGGCGCCUUUCGACCAAAAGUUCCACAUUGUCAUGAACGUAGCGGUGGGAGGUAACAAUGGGUACUUCCCGGACAAUGCCCAGAACGCCGGCUACCCUAAACCCUGGACCGAUACCUCCAGUACGGCCAUGAGGGAUUUCUGGAACGCAAAGAGCCGCUGGUACCCCACAUGGAAACCCCACGUGAACAACGGUGAGAACGCCGCCAUGCAGAUCAAGUACGUCCAAGUGAGCAAACUGAAGGCAGAUCCUUAACCAGGUCAAAAAGCAAUGUUUAGCAAGAAAUAAUGUGUAACUAAAACAACCUGCAAUGUUCGGGCGUAAUAAAGACCUAUUUACUU